CUACAAACCCCACAACAAGGCAAGCCGCGACCACACUCCGUAAAUAUCUACCAAAGCAUGGCUCUGUGACAGACCACCACCAACAGCAGUACCAGCAGCCGUGCGACCUCAGAUGCCCUGGAGUAUAUCCGCUGGCUCUUCUCAUAGUCGAUCCCCGGCUUUCCUUUCUCGCACGUGGGCCUGGGCGCUUGCGUCAGUUCCAGACGCUUUGUGGAGCCCUUGAGGAGUGGCAUGGCCUAGCUCCCGGGUACAACAGUCGCUUGCACCGCCCAUAUAGCCUUCCAUCGCGAGUGUGAAGUGGGGAGCUUGCAUCCCUUCCGACAACAUGUCGGGGCCAGCCCUGGGUUUGCCGCGAGGACCUGACAAGCCAUCAAAGGCUGUCAAAGGCGGCACGGCGCCUGAUCAAACAGCAAGCACAGCCAGCUCGAGCGUCUCUUCGGUGCACGUCUCCAUCGAAGGAAAGCCUGCAACUUUGAGCUUUGACGACGACCUCUUUUGGCUUGCGCGGGGAGGAAGCAGCGCGCACGCUGUGAAUGGUGCGGACCGCGCAUUAGACCCAAGGCACGCCUAUAUUUGCGUCCCAAACGCUCUGGUGUUGUACUCUUCAUUUGUGCCGGACUCGGAUGGCGGCUCCUUGCUUGUGCGGCUGCUCGCACCACCCGCCAAUCAAUCCAACCCUUUAGGCCCCUUUGGAUUCAAAGCGCCGCCAUCCAAGGCAUCUCAGGUUGCCUCGCUACAAACAGCAUUGUCAAAGAAAAAUGAAGCCCCUUCGGCGUCGGCUGACGGAGAGGCGGCUAGGAGCAAAUUGAUUGCGCUUCAGGAGCAGAUACAAGGACCAUGCGCCAACGUUAGAUUGGUCAAGAUCGAGGCUCGCCUGGUGGCCAAAGCGAAGGGUGUGCACGCCCUGGAGGAGGAUCAGCAGGAGCGGGCAACGGAAUGGGCUGAAAAGCUGAUGCGGUUAGCCUAUGGGCCUGAAGCAGCGGCGGUCAAACCUUUCCGGCACCUCAAGGUACUGAUCAAUCCUGUAGGCGGGCCCGGAAAGGGAGUGCAGCUUUUCCACAGCAAAGUGCGGCCGAUCCUCGAAGCCGCGGGAUGCACCUUGGAUAUUCAAAUUACCACGCACUCUGGUCAUGGUCUUUCCAUCGCUCAAACAAUCGACAUCAAUGCUUACGAUGCCAUCGUGACGGUCAGCGGCGAUGGCAUGCUGCACGAGAUUCUGAAUGGAUUGGCAAAGAGGCCAGAUGGCGCAGAGGCACUCGAGAAAGUUUGUGUGGCUCCCAUCCCGACCGGCAGCGGUAAUGCGAUCUCCGUCAACUUGCUCGGUGUUAAACAGGGCUUCAGCAUGGCAUUGGCCAGCUUGAAUGCCAUCAAAGGGAGACCGCUUUCGCUCGAUGUGUGCAGCAUCACCCAGCCACGCUCCGACACGCUACCUGCUCGCGCCUCGUCUACUGAUGGCAAGGCGAAAAGGAAGUCGCGCGCUCUAAACGCCAGCGUGGUCUCUUCUGCGACGGCGAGCCAAUCGGCAGCCGUUGACGCCGCCGAAGCCUCGUCUGAUCCGCCAGCGCUGGAAAGAGCGCCCUCGCAAGCAUAUACGCAUUCCUAUUCCUUCCUUACCCAGGCGAUCGGCUUGAUGGCGGAUGUGGACCUCGGUACCGAACACAUGCGCGCACUAGGAGAUGCGAGAUUCAUCAUUGGCUACGUCGGAGGCGUGCUCGCCAAUACCCCCUGCGAGGUCGACAUACACGUCAAGCUUGGCGCUUCCGGAACGACAAAUCGUGCGGAUAUGAGACGGCGUGUGGCCCGUUUUGCAGAGGGCAGUCAAAGUCUUGACUCGACGCAUGAUGGCGGGUUGCAGGCUGCAGGGUCUGGUGAGGAAGAGGAUGCACAACAGGUCGAGAACGCGACUCUGGAAUGGACAUCGUCACCGCAGCGGGCGAAUGGCUCCGGGCAGACAUCGAACGCGGCCCAAUUGCGGCACGGGAGCGUGCUGGACCCGCUGAGUGGUCCAUCUCAAGAGGCCUUGCCCGUGCUGGACCUCCAAGAUCCUUCAUGGCCUCACACGGUCCUGCCCGUCUUGCAAGGCGCGACCACUCCGACUGGCUGGGCCAAAGUGGAUGCGCGCAUAUCCGGGCUCUAUGCCGGCAAGUUGCCCUACGUGGCGAGGGAUCUGAUGCAAUUUCCCUACGCGCUUCCCGGCGAUGGCCUAUUGGAUCUCGCACUUCUACUGCACGACGGCGGUCGAGCGGGCAAGUUACGAGCCAUAGACGGCGCGGAGAAGGGUCAGAUCAUCUAUGAUCGCGCUCUGUCUUACUUCAAAGCGGAAGCAUAUCGUGUUACGCCCAGGAGGAAAGCAGGUGACAAGGCUCUCAAAGGAGGUGGACUACUGAGCAUCGACGGAGAGCACACACCUUAUGCUCCCUUUCAAGUGGAAGUGUCCCGCAACCUCCAUUUCAAGGUGUUGAGCCUCUUUGGACGAUUCGUCUGCCCAUUGGUCGAGCCUCCAGCCCCGCCGGCUGGUAGUUCAGCGUGACGGCAGUGGCAGCAAGAGCAGAAAGAAAAACGCGAUUCGCAGAAUGCGGCAAGAGGCGAUAGCCCAUCGUCCUUCUCCAACAUCACGCUUUUCUCGCAGGUGCCCAUUUUGGACAAUCACCCUGGAAUGAUUUUACCCGUGGUUCUGCUCUUGCUGCUCCCAAUUUGGCUUGCCUGGUGGGCUUACAGGCCCGGCCCGUGAGCACUCUACCAUCAGCUUUUUCCUUUUCCCUGCUAA